AUGCAGUCCACCACCCUUCAAGCGAAAAAGCGAACACGAAUAGCAGUGGCAUGUACUUCGUGUCGAGGUCGGAAAUCUCGCUGCAAUGGCGGUGAACCGUCUUGCCGUCAAUGCAGCGAACUUGGCGUGCAGUGUGUCUAUGAACGCCUGCCUCGGAAACAGAUCAAGCCUCCCAAAAAGCAGGCAAACUACCGCAGGAGACUGCGCGCCCUCGAAGACACGGUGCGCGACUUUGUGCAAAACCAGCAUCCUAUGCAGCACGCGGUGUUGAGCAAGCACGACCGGGAACCAAACAAUCCUCUCGAUGGGCAGCAAGAACCCAGAUCAAGACAUCAAGAGUCACGCAGCCCAGUCUGCAGUACAAGCAACUCUCUAGAGCAGAACGGAGACGAGGACACGGUCGACGGUAUGGCCACAGUUACUAGUCCAAAGACCAUGAAUUCUAUGGUCCUCGGGCCGUCUUCAAACAUAGCAUUUCUCCGUCAAGUAUUCGACGCUACUGCGGCCGCGCUGCACGCACUGGGAAAGACUUCACUAUCAGGAAACGCCCUCUACCGUACGUAUAUCUCCUCGGAUGCCACUCCAGUUAAUACGGUGUCAAAGUUGCGCUCAGCAAAUCAGCAACGUUUGGAUUCCCACCUUCUGCCUUCCGAUUCCCAUGCACGACAUCUGAUCAGACUCUUCUUCUCCAACAUUGGGAUGCUAUUUCCAGUCGUCCAUGAAAGCGAGUGCCUCAGAGUCUACUGUACCGCCAAAAUGGAAGGCUCUGCCGCAGUCAGUCAAUCGUGGCUUUGCCUCCUCAAUGUCAUCUUUGCUCUCGGCACUUGUGCCAGCACCACGCACGAUGGGAUAGCAGGAAGGGAUGAAGAGACAGCUGAAGUAUUUAUCGAGAAGGCGGAAGCUCUCGCGGUCCACAUCACGAUGAAAUCAGCAGACUUGAAAGCCGUCCAAUGUCUCCUGCUGAUCGCACAAUACUGUCAAGGUACCCAAAGGCCUGAUGAAGCUUGGCAUUUGCACGGACUUGCCGUUCGUGCUGCUAUACAAUUGGGAUUGCACUGGACACAUACGUACACGCAUUUAAAGCCACUGGAAUGCGAGUUACGGAAAAGGACAUGGUUCGGUUGUGUGAUCCUGGACAGAAUGCUAAGCAUGACCUUGGGUCGCCCGUGCACGAUAUCUGACGAACUCCUCCAAUUGGAUCUACCUGUUGAUAUUGGCCUCGAUGCAGUGAGCAGGGGACCUGCCUCAACGGCGUCGGGUCAGUCUGCUACUCCAAAUACAGUCUGCCUCUUCAUUGCAACAAUCCAACUGUAUGACGUACUGGGCGAUAUCAUUAAGAAGCUUUACGGCUCUAACGUCGAUGCCGAUGUUCAACAAUCCGUUCCAGCCUUGCUUGGGACAAUCAGCCAUCUCGAACAUAAGCUCGAGGUAUGGAAACAAAACCUGCCUCCCCAAUUACAACAGCUGCCCUUGGAAAUCAAAGCAACGGGUUCGGAUUCUCCGUCACCGGCAUUUGCACCAGUCUUCGACCGCCUCAGUGUCAUUCUUACCCUUCGGUACCUUAAUACCCGCAUUCUCCUUCAUCGACCCAUUCUUUCGGCGUGUCUGCGCCAAAGAUACCCCUUUGGCGCUCAUGAAGGACCCUCCCCCGAAGCACAUGGAGAUUUCCUCCACGAGUUUGCCAACGUCAGCAUAGACAUAUGUGAACGAUCUGCAGUGGAGGUGAUUGACAUUGUCUGCAAUGCAAGUCGGCAACCUGGCCUGCUGGGCACCUGGUGGUUUACCGCCUACUACACAUACAACGCGGCCUUGGUCAUUUUCUGCUGCAUUCUCUUGCAUACUACCACGCCCAAGGCGGAGAUAUCCUUUGAAAAGACCGAGUGUCAUGAGCAUGCAAAUCAUGGAAAGAUCGUCCACCUUCAGCGGGCUAUCGAGGCCACAGCAAGAGUGGGAGCGGGCUCGGUCACGGCAAAGAAAAUCGAACUUGCGCUGUUGGCGCACCGACAGACCUGCAUGGCUUUGGUACGAAGCGAUGCCGGAGACGAUGGCAGAGAAGAGGACACAUCUGAAUCAUUCACCGUUGCUGCCGCCGUAUCUGGGGCGGCGCAGCUUCCGCAGAUCGAUGGUGUGCACAUCCCACAUGAGGCUGGCGUGGUCGUCAGCAGCGAGGCUUGCAAUGUCCCUUUCCUGGAUUUUGCUCAAGAUGAUCCAUUUGCUACGUUGGACGAGGGAAUGGAUCAGCCGUGGAGCGAGCUCGACUGGUUUUCUGACGUGUUUGGACCUAAUUCUCAGCUAGAGUUUCAUCCAAUGCCGUCCAGCAGUCUCGAGGACUCACUGCAGAAUGGCAGAUAUGUGGGCAUGUCGGUCGAAUGA